AAAAAGACCAAAAAUAUAUGUGAGAGGGUUUUGGUUUGGGGGUUUGCAAAUUGCAACUGCAGUUUGAAGUGUAUCAAUCAUAAACAUUAUUCCAAUCUCCGCCUUUCAGAUUCAGCAUCACAAACUCAAUCUGUUUUUAAACUAUUAAUAGCUGGAACACUCGAGCUAAGAACAUGGCAAAUCAACCAAAUAAUGAUAACCAGCAAAUGCUGAGUUCUGCAGCACUUAUCCAGAAAACUGAUGAGGAUCAAGUAGUCAGUGGCCCUUCUGCUGUGGGCUUUAUAAAUUCAUUGGAACAACGGUAUCAAAAAAUCAAAGAGCACGCAGAAGCUUAUCCUUAUGUAUGGGCUUCCUAUAUUGUUGUAUAUGGUGGCUUUGGUCUCUGGACUACUUAUAGAUGGAGAAAGCUUCGCAAGACAGAGGACAGUGUGCGCAAACUUCAACAAAGAUUACGUGAGCUCGUUGAAGCUGAACAGCCUGCUAGUUCUGCCAAAGUGGUUGAAAAGGGUUCCGUAUCUUCUGAGAAACCUUCCAAAUAGAGCCUACAGCAUUCUAAUAUUCCUUACCAGUUACAAAAGCCAGGUAGUCUUGUUUACUGACGCCGAUAUUACUUUUCUUUACCAUCAUGGUUGCUGUUGGCUUGAAAUAAGAUUCUUUGGCUCCUCUAUUCAACUGAAUCAUUAGAGGAAGUCCUCGAGUAGAUUGUGCAUUGUGGACAUCGUUAGAAUUUGAAUAUCAUUUUUCCUUCCAAA